AUGAAGAGCUGUAAAUCAAAUAAUGUGGAUUCUGGUUUGGAGUCAGAUAUGCAGUGCAAAAGUGGAACAGGCUGUAUAAUGAAAUGUGGUUCUGAAAGGAUGGAGAGUGCUGCCAAGAGGAGGCUGGCUGCUAAUGCCAGGGAAAGAAGAAGAAUGCAAGGACUGAACACAGCCUUUGAUCGAUUGAGAAAAGUGGUUCCACAAUGGGGUCAAGAUAAGAAACUAUCCAAAUACGAGACCCUUCAGAUGGCAUUAAGUUACAUUAUGGCUUUAACUAGGAUCCUUGCUGAAGCAGAGAGAUACAGCACUGAAAGAGACUGGAUUAACCUUCACUGUGAGCAUUUUCAUCAGGAGAGCUACCACACUUACAUGGGACAGAAAAUGACAAUAGACAGUGACCCUUAUGCACAAAGAAUCUUCAGCUAUCAGCCUGAACAUUUUCAAAUAGCUAAUUAG